CCCCACAAUUGGCUUGGAGCAUCCCACCAUUGGCAUCGCCAACGGCUGCUGAAUGCCAUGCUCGAGAGUGUAAUAGGAGAGUGACCUGUUUGCACUGGGCAUGCAAACGGAACCAUGCUGAAGUGGUCUCUUGCCUGAUUGAUGCUGGUGCUGAUAAGGAGAUUCUCACAACUAAAGGAGAACUGGCAGCCCAAUUAACAUCAAAGAAAGACAUUCGGAAGAUUAUGGGAGUGGAAGAAAAUGAAUAUAAAGAAGUGGAAGACUUUAACUUGCCAAUUGUUGCAAACUAUUUGGCCAAUCCACCCUUCCCUUACAUUUACACUAAAGAAAACAGCAUUCCAGACAGCUCAGCAGUAUCCCAGAAUGAAAGCACUUCCAUCUCUUUUGUUUCUCUGCAUGAAACUAGUCCUUGUUCAUCAGCAACUCGGGUUGAAAGCCUAUGCACACCUACGUCAUCAUACAGCCAAGAUGGUUUUCCUGCAGUGCAUUCUAAGGAAGGCCAGCCCUCCACAUCAGCAGCCAUCAUGGUGCCAGAAGAUCCAAACCCUAGAGCCCAGAGUGGCUCCUUUUGUCAGCCAUCUAUGUCUCAUAAUAGAAGCCUCUUUUCUCCAGGAGCAUCUAAACAGCCGGUACCUCAGCAACUCAGUGGCUCUCAUAUUGGGGCUGCACCAACAUUUCAGCCACUCUUCUUCACUGGAACUUUUCCAUAUAAUAUGCAAGAACUGGUGCUUAAGGUAAGAAUUCAGAACUUUAGGGAAAAUGACUUCAUUGAGAUUGAAUUAGACAGACAAGAAUUGACCUAUCAGGAUCUACUCAGAGUCAGUUGCUGUGAACUGGGUGUUAAUCAAGAGCAAGUGGAGAAGAUUAGAAAGUUACCAAAUACAUUGGUAAGAAAGGACAAAGAUGUUGCAAGACUUCAGGAUUUUCAAGAACUGGAGCUGGUUCUAGUGAAAAAUGACAAUUCUCCUUUUAGACAUGCUGCAUCAACACUGAUGGAGAGGUCUUGCUACAAUAGUAAAGCAUCAAAGCUGACUUACUGAGCUUUCUAGAAUGAGCGAAAUUAAUUACAUACUGCUGUUUUUUGAAGCAGUGGAUUAAUUAUGUAUAAAACCUUAAGUUGUUAGGGUUAAUAUUUUAACUAAUAACAGUAUAUCUUUGAUAUUCACUAUCCCCUUUGCUUUUUCUUACUAUUGUAUUCAGGUAAGCAGGGCUCGACAAAUCCGUUUAUCUACUCGCCCAUGGCGAGUAGAUUUCAGCCGGUCGCCCUGUUUACCGGCAGUGCGCACAUGCGCAGUGCGGGUCUGACACAUAUGCAAUGCAGGGCUGGCGAGUGGAUUUCACCACAGUAUGUCGAGCCCUGCAGAUAAGGGUACCUCAUGUCUAUUAAACUGACAUACUUCAUAUACAAGUCAAUUAAGUUUAUUGGAUGCAUUUAGCAUUAGAAGACAGCUGGCAUGAAAAGUAAAGUUUCCGUAUCUCUCUCCUCCCCCAUUAAAGUGUCCAGGAAAAAUCAGGUAUAGUUAGAGAUUUUUUUUUUUUGCAUAAAUUCUAAAUUUGGGCUUCCAUGGCAUGUGGCAAAACUAUUGGUCCCUGAAUUUUUCAGACUCUGCAGAGUGCUGUUUCUCUGCCAUCACAAAAACUUUUAAAUGAAGUGAUGAAGAUUUAAGGGUUUGUAUUAUACUAAGAAUUUGGUUUUGUACUGCUUUUUCAUUCCUCAUACUAUCUCAUUUCGUACUUAGUACCUGGCUCAUCGGGUCUUUUAUGACUACCUACCCUAAGUGUAAAGUAGUAUGCUUCUAGAGUAGUGAUAUUUACUGCUCAAAGCAAUCUGCAGAAAUCCCCCGACAAGCCAACCAUAUAGGGAAAGUCUGCUAAAAUCAGAUUCCCAGAUGUCACACUGCCAUUGAUGUCCACUAAACACCUCCAUUUCUCUUCCCCAAAUUGUGACAACUGAACAAUGUAGGGAUAACUUAAUAUUUUGCUCUUUAAAAUGUUUUUAAAAAAGUAAGUCUUAGCUACAUUUCAUUAGAUCAUCAAAAUACAAAUAACAUAUGUGGUAGUAUUUAAAAGGAAACUACCAAGUUUGACUAGUCAAAUUUGUGUGUGGAUGUUAUUCUUUUAAAAGACUAUAUACUUAUACAGUAAUUCACUCCAACACUUGUCCACUUGGCAAACAAUUAUUCCCUAGUUAAUUAAAAAUUCUUCUAGUAAAAAGCCUUAUUGAGGCUAAUAGUUCUGGGAAGCUGGGUUAAAUUCAGCUGCCCGUGCAGCAGGAGCACUAGAAAAUAUUUGUUGUGGAGAAGUGAAAGUAUCUGAACUCUAGAGAAGACAGUUUGCUCUUUCUUACCCAAACUCAAUUAAGGGAACAUGUGAAUGAAAACAGAGGCAUCAUCAAAAGUCAUUAACAUUUGCACCUGCAGCUGUUUUAAACUGAUUCUGUAUGACAGUCUUCCCACAACUGUUGCAUUAUGUGCUUGUGUCACAAAGUGUCAGAAGCUUCAGCCAAUUGAUUAACCCAGAUAGCUUAGUGUUCUUGAAUGCUUAACAGAAAUGUUAAAAACUUGAAUACAAGCUACUUUUGUUCUUAAAAAAACUGAUAGCUUAACCAUCCAUAGGCUUAUCCUGAACAGUGUUAAUGUAAAACAUGUACAGGUUGAAAAACUCUUAACCUGGAUUCUCUGGUCCAGCAACUUCCAUGGUCCAGCAUGGAUGUUGCAGGACCAGAGAGAGUCCUGGUGGAGGGCCAGCAGGAAAAGAUCCCUGUGGGGCAGGCAGGACAGUGGGCUACCUACAGAAAGCUGAUAGCAGGGCCACCCAGCAGGUGGCAGUGGGGCUGGGAGCCCUGGCACACAGAGCUGCUCACCAAGCCGCAGCAUAUGGAGCGGUCCAGAGUCCCAGCGCAGUGCACACAGCUGCCUGGAGCCCCAGCGCAGGGCAGCAGGGCCAGUAGAAGGCAGGGAGCUGGCUGGGAAGCCAGCAGCCAGUGGUAGGGGUACAAAUAUGGCCUCCCCUAGUCCAGCAAAAUCCCUUAUCUGGGACCAGGGAUGUCAAAACUAUCAGAUUUGCUAUCAAAUACCAUAUUUAAAGUAUUGUUUCCCCAAGCAGACUGAGGAUAUUGGACUUUUGUUGCUAGAAGCAGUGAUCUCCACUAUUGAUCAAAAUAGUCUGAUGAAAGUUGUGGGUUAUAUGGAGAAACUAGAAGUGGCAACUUCAGGCUCACUAGGAAAUCUGGCCUCUCUUACCACUUACAUAGACACCUCCUACAAGUGUCUUUCAAUUAAAAACAAUCUAUUUUAUAAGAAUGCUAAUUGAUUCCAUUUCUUUAUUAAAUUAUACUAGAACAGCUGCCUUUAACUAGCUUCUCCCUGCUCUAUAACCCCACAAAAAACUUGUUUUAUUAAAAUCACAUCUACAAUCAUAGGGAUUUAUGUGGAUUAAAGUAUAUAUUGGAAAUGAUUUAGCAUAAUACACUGCAUUGGGGAUAGCGUCCACUUGCAGUAGCUGCUGCACUUUUUCAACAUCAUGUGUUCACAUGCCAUACAGUGGCAGCACACUGAUUUAUGUUAAGUUGAAAAUUCUGAAUUUGACAAUAGUAGACUGUAGCAAGUUUUUUGCCAAGUGAUAAAAUCCAAAACCUAUAGAGGAGUUAAAAUUCCUAUCACUUUUCCAUUGAUCACUGCGAUUUUACUUAACUAGUUCAAAAUUGAUUACUGUAUUCUGGAUCCUUUCCCAGCCCUUCAUUCUACAACUAACAUAUCACUGACACUCCACCAAUGAAAACCUCUAUCAAUGUGUCUCCCUGGUCUACUGUCCCCAGUUUAACAGUGCUCAAACAUGUGUAAGGCCCGAUUCAAUGGCUACUCAUUGGCUGUGU